GCUUUUGGCUUUGCCUUUGCCUUCUUCUUUCCUACUACCACUUCACCUUUUUUCUUCUGUAGCAGAUAACUUACAUCUCUUUAGAUCCCCACGCUUCCCCUUCUCUCUCUCUCUCUCUCCCCAUUAAAGCUCCCCUCUCUCUCUCUCCCUUCUUUAAAACCCCCCAUUCCACACCCAAAAGCCCAUCAAAAAAGAAGAAACAUAAUCCCCCAGAAUCAUUCAUUCUCUGCUUUCUCCAGAUUCCACAGAACAUGGAUGAAUACGAUUGCGAGUAUUUUAUGAGGAGGAGCCAGGUGCCGGCGUUCGGGAGCUGGGACUGCGACGACGGGUUUCCGAUCCCGUUCACCCAGUGCUUCGAAUCGGCGAGACAGGCCGGGCUGCUCCGCUACAGCUACUCCGAGGACCGGGAUUUGUACGUCGCCGGCGACCUCUACGAAAACGACGUCGUCACUCCGGCCAUGAUUGUCGUGCCUCGCCGCCGGGGAAAAGGAAAAGGGGAGGGGAGAAAGGACGCGUGGGUGAUGGGUGGAUGCGACUGCGAAUACGGCGGCGGUGGCGAAGUGAAAGAGCCGCCGAGCCCGGUGCCGUCGUCGCCGCCGCCUCCGGCCAGGAGGGAACCCAAGGCGGUGGACGAAGAUCUGUACAAGAUUUCUCCCGAUCUCCUCUACGCAAGGACCAAAAGGAAGAGAGUAUGGGGGUUUCUACCAAGCUGCCUACGGCCAGUGUGCGCGUGAGGAAAAGCCAUGGCAUGGGAGCUAGCAAGCAAAAAGUCAUCCUAAACCAUGCAUGCUAGCUAGCUAGCUAUACUAGCCAGACCACCCAAGUAGUUUAAGGAAGAAGGAUAACAUUAAUUACUCCAAAACGGAUCAGAGAAUGUUGGGGCAGAGAGGCAAGCAGGCAGCCCAUCCAGGAGUAGAGGAUAAUGUUGUUAAGUUGUUUCAUCAUUAUCAUCAUAUCAUAAUCAUGGCAAUCAAGAACAUAAUAAUAAACAAAACAGUGUUAGUUAUUGUCUCAGUAGCUAUAUAUAUAUAUAUUAGGGUUAGCUUAGAGCUAUGGUGGCCUCAGAAUGCAUUCAUGUCUCUGCUGCAAUGCAGCUUUGGACAGAAGCAUUGGAAGCUGAGACUCUUUAAAGUUUUUUUUUUUUUUGGGGGGCUAUACUGUUUUGUGUGCAAGAAAAGAAAAGGUGGUUGUAUUGAUUAGGGGAGGAUUAAUGUAUGGGGCUGUUUCUGUGAA